CGGGACCCCGCAGCUCGGGUCAUGGUGCAGCUCAGGCCGCGCGCGUCCCGCGCCCCGGCGUCCGCCUCGGCAAUGGUGGACGAGGGCCAACCCGCCUCGGAGGAGGAGGCGGGGCACGGGCUGCUGCUCGGGCAGCCCAGCAGCGGCGCGGCCGCCGAGCCGCUGGAGGAAGACGAGGAGGGGGACGACGAGCUUGACGACGAGGCCCCGGAGGAGCUGACUUUCGCCAGCGCCCAGGCCGAAGCGAAAGAGGAGGAGCGGCGAGUUCGGGAGACUGUGCGCAGGGACAGAGCGCUUCUGAAGGAGAAGAGGAAGCGGCGCGAGGAGCUGUUCAUCGAACAGAAGAAAAGAAAACUCCUUCCAGAUACUAUUCUAGAGAAGUUAACUACAGCUUCACAAACUAGUGUGAAGAAAUCACCGGGAAAGUUGAAAGAAGUUAAUUUGCAAAAGAAAAAUGAAGAACGAGAGAAAGGAAGUGACUCUAAGAAAGCUAAAGAAAAAGUGCAGAAAGUACAGACUGUUGGCCAGAAUAAAAGCUACAUGGCUGUAAGGCUAAAAGAUCAAGAUUUGAGGGAUUCAAGGCAAGAAGCAGCCAAAGCCUUCAUACAAAAUUGUUUAUAUGGCCCUGGAACCAACAGAACUACUGUAAACAAGUUCCUGUCUCUUGAAAACAAGAGGUUACCGAUGAAAAAGGCUGCAGCCCAGUUUUUGAACAAUACUUGGGGAUCUCAGAGAAAACAAAAUGCCAAGAGAUUUACAAAACGCUGGAUGGUCAGAAAGAUGAAAACUCCCAAGAAGUAAAUCAAAGCUAGAUGAAGAAUGAGUACUUUGUAUGUAUAGAACUUGGUUAUUUAAAGAAUUUAAUUUUUCUGGAAAAAAUAAAUAAAUCGCUUAUAAACCCUUCCUUAGAGUCACUAUAAGAGUCUCAAGUCUCUUGGGGCGGUACCUAGUCACACUUUAUCCACCCGGCGUGUAAGUGUGCGUCCUAGUCUUUGAGCAUCCUGGAAGCAGCAGUUUAAAAGGACUGUUCUCCUUCCUUUUUUAAGUGUUUUCCCAUUUUAUUGGCCGUGAGCAGCACCCACGCCGGAAGGGCGCCUCUGCUCCCCCCCGCCCCCGGGAUGGCAGUGCGUGUCUCCUGCUGACCCUCUCAGAUGCGCUCAUCUCGGGUGUUUUGGUGCCACUGAUGAGAAUUUCACAGAUUCUGUGGAAGGGCGCUGUAUCCAAGUGUAGAUAAUCUGCUCUUUUAAAAGAAGAUUUAAGACUCCGUGUACAGCCAACAGAGACCUUUGCCAAAGCAAAGAUACGGUCAUUCUAUUGAAGAGCCUGUUUAUAUUUUACUUUUAACCAGUUUGGGGGUUUGCUUGAAAACUGGCAAGUCACAUGCCAUAUGAUAUUGUGAAAAUAAGAUUAACUUCCUGCUUUCUGUAUCACCUACAGUAUCAGGUUUGGCCCUAAUCCAGGGAGGCCAGUAAACGCAAGGCGGUCUUAGGUUGCAGAGCUCAGAUUUAUAGUAGCAACCAUUCAUUUCACUUCUUCUAACUUUAUAUUAAUCAUAAGUAUGCAAAUACCUAAUGUAUAAAUUCAACUGACACUCUGGUAUCUGUAGAAGUAAAUUUUUAAUGGCUGGUUAAUUGUAUCACUACAUUUUAUUGCAAUAUAGUACUCAUUUUAAGCACUUAAAAAUGGAAGGUGUACAAAGAUUAAAUUAAGACACGGUAAAUUGACUAAA